CGGGAAUGUGCAAUCCGAGCUGCCCCGGUGUCAGUGUUUCCAGCAAUUCAGGGGCUGCAGCCUGGAAGGUUCGUGCCUUGUUGUUCCCCAGCAGCACAGCCCGGUCCCGCCCCCUUAGCCCCCUCCAAAGUGUCUAUUUAAAUGACAGUUGAAGUGAACAGUCCUAUACGGGGAGCCAGACUCAGCACCAGUCACUUCUUACCUUGCGCCUUCCCUUUGCGCUGCUCUUCAUUAACAUUGUCAGCACUGCCCUCUCUCUAUAUUAUGGGGUCUCUCGCCCUACACAUCGUUGUGACACUGUGGGUGGCCCAAGGCAUCAGUGGUCAGUUUAGUAGAAGCAGCGAUCUGAAUGGGCAAUGCACUUACUCCUUCACUGUGCCCAGCGCUACAGAGGCGAGUUGCACGGAGCCGGGACAAGCCAAGUCUGUUAUCCAGGAGCUGCAGCUGGAGCUCUCAGUCCGACACAAGGACAUGGAGACUCUGAACACCAGGCUUGGCUUGCUGGAGAAGAUAGUCAAUCGCUUCCUAGGGGGAGAGGGGCCACUGAAGCCAAGUACAGGGCCACAAGCUGGGGCAGAUCUUCAGGUGGAGGUGCAGAAACUGAGGAUGGAAAAAGAUGAAUGGGAAGGGCAGAGAGCCAGUCUGGAGAUGGCUUAUGCUGAUUUACUCAAAGAGAAGGAUUCUUUGCAAGAGGAAAAGCUGCAGCUAAACCAGAGACUGGAGACAGUUCUUCAGGGGCAGUGCCCUCAGGUUUCAGACCCCUCUAGGACACAGGUUCCAGACCCCUCUAGGACACAGGUUCCCGACCCUUCUAGGACUCGGGUUCCAGACACAUUUAAGGCAAAGGACCAGCAAGCGCCUUCAAGGCAAGUGUCCAGAUGGGGUGCUGAUCCAGUGGGAUACCAGGAACUAAAAUCAGAGUUGACAGCACUUCCAGCAUCUCAGAUGAUCCCAGAAACCCAUCUGGCGAACCACAGUUCAGAAACGACAAGAGCCGAGGGAACUUGCGGUGAGUUGACCUGGAUUGGGGAACCAACAACUUAUCGGAAAGCUGAUAAUAUUGCUGGAAAGUACGGAGUAUGGAUGAGAGAUCCAAAGCCAUUGGCUCCAUAUACGAUGGACACUGUCUGGAGGGUCAACACCGUAGGGGCAGAUAUACGUCAGGUUUUUGAAUAUGAAAAUAUUGAUCAGUUAAUCAAAGGCUACCCAGGCAAGGUUUAUGUUCUUCCUCGUUCAAUGGAAAGCAAUGGAGCUGUUAUUUACAAGGGUUCUCUGUACUAUCCCCGCCGGAAAUCUAGAAUACUUGUAAAGUAUGAUUUUAAGACAGAGUCUGUUGCUGUGCAGAAGGAGCUCCCUAAUGCAGGGUAUCAUGGCCAGUACCCUUACUCUUGGGGUGGCUAUACUGACAUUGACCUCGCUGUUGACGAGGUUGGUCUGUGGGCAAUCUAUAGCACAGAAAAGGCUAAAGGGUCCAUAGUUUUAUCUCUACUAGACUCUGAAUCUCUUGAGGUCAAACAGAGCUGGGAGAGCCAAAUUCGCAAGCAAUCAGUGGCUAAUGCUUUUAUGAUCUGUGGCACCCUGUACACUGUUGGAAGCUAUUCCUCUUCUAGUACCACAGUCAACUUUGCUUUUGAUACCAGCACAGGGGCUCAACGCCCAGUCGGCAUACCAUUUAAGAAUCAGUAUGGCUAUGCCAGCAUGAUUGAUUAUAACCCAACAGAAAAGAAAAUAUAUGGUUGGGACAACUUCAACAUGGUGUCCUAUGAUGUGAGGUUGUCCAAAAUGUGAGUUCAGAUGGUCACAUGGAAAGAAAAUAUUCUGUGAAAAGACAUGACAAAUAGGACUUCUCAAUAACUUGGGUACAUACAGUGGGAUGGGUACGGUUAGCUUAACUUUGAAGCCACAAAUUCAAGAGGAACAACCGCGAAUGCAGCUUCCUACUAUUCUCUGUGCUUUGGCCACUGUACGUGCAGCAACUCCAUCUUAUAGGGAUUAAGAGAAAUAACAAAUGCUUAAUAUAGAUGCAUGUUGCAUAAAUUUCUGAUCUGCUUAUGAGGCAACGCAUAAUUGCGUCAGCACAAUUGGACCUGCCUGACUCAAGCUUUACACUUUGGCAGUAGAGACAAGCCUAGGGAAAGUAUAAUUCCACCCAUGUACAAAUAUCAGUAUGUUGAGUUUGUAUCAUCAUAUACAUGAAUUAGUGUUACUGAGCAAGGAAAUUGUUACCAUAAAAAGCCAAACCCAUACAAACAUCUACAUUAAUCUGGCUAAUAACAGCACUGUCCAUUCAUGCCAGAACCAAAUGCAGUUAUAGAAUGGAACAGGGCAGGCAGUGAGCAGGAAAGCGAUGGUGUAAAUAUUGAAGUCAGUUCAUGUGUAAAGGCAUCAGACAUUAAAAUACAAGAAACAGAAUGUAUCCCACAUUCUUUGUUGCAGUAUUCAGGGUUUUUACAUAUAUGCAGUAUUAUUUUCUGUCUCUGGCAUGUCAUUUGCAAUUAGUUGUAUAAAACAGAAAUACUCUGAUGCAUUUGUGACUAUUCCCCAGCCGGCAGAUCUUUGCUCUUUGCUGCAGCAGCUUAUUGUGUUUAGUUAUAUGACCGUCUCCAGCAUUAUUGCAGCAUAUAGUUUUUAAACUGCUAGAUAAGUAGGUCAUUAUAUACAGUAUAUAGAUUUUCCGUCCUCAGGUUUAUAUUUGUGCCUCUUCAAUAGUAAGGAAUCAUAAUAUCUGUACUCCGUAGCGGUUUUUGGAUCCGGUAUGACUGCUUUAUUGUUCUGCCCCAUCUACCGUAAAGGAUCAUAUAAAAAAAAAAAGUAGGGUCAUCCAGCUAGAAGGGCUGAUUCCAUUCAUUUUAUUGGAAUCAGUUUAAUAUCACUGCAACCCAGCCACUUGAAUUUAUUUGUGAUCUUGAUUUUUUAAGUGGUCUGGAAACCUUAAUCUACAUGUUUAGUAGACCAGAAGCCUAUGGCCUGUUCUCUCCAUCAAGGCACAUAUAAAUAAGUGUUUUUUCCCCUCUUAGAAUAAUACUUAUGUAAAAAAGUUAGGAGGAUGUGGAUCUAGAGGUGCCUCUUGAGAUUUGUGAGGCCCAGGUUACUCUCUUUAUCACUCCCAACAACUAAUAUCUCCAGUUAUUACCAAUUUCUUAACCCAAUCCCUUGACCAUUGCAUCUGGGAUUGUAAAAUGCCGCCAUUAUACUGGGCCCUGUUAUGGCUGAGCCACCUGGUGGGAUUUUAAAUAACAAUUGGGGCUCAUUUCUGAACAGUGGGCACAUAUCCCAUGACAACCAAUCAAAUGCUCGCUCUCAGCACUUAUUAGCUGGCUUACUGCCCAGGUACAAAUCUGCUAACUGUUCAUAAUCACCCCAAUGUGUUCCAAAUAAAGAAGUAUACAAGUGUCAUCAUGCAGGAAUUUUAUAUUAUGUUUUAGUAGUGUUUGUAAAAGGCAAACAUUACAUCCCAAAAUCAAAAAACAAAUGAUAACUGCUCUGACUCAAAUAGCACGGUCCGGAAUUACAUUCCCCGAGUGCGGAAGUCCCUUGGCAUCUCAUGCCGCAUCAAAUAGAGAAAACUGAAAUUGAGCUCCGCAGCACUGGAUGAUUGUUUAAAUACAUGUAUCUUUAUUUAUCCACAUUAAAUGACACGCAUCAUACUUCGCCCAGUGUGUUUCCACCCUUAAUCAUAGGCUUAAAAAAACAGUAUCUAGAGUGUCCAUAUAUAGGUACAUUUUACAGCGCCCUCUGUUGGUAACUAUUAAUUAUUCUAGGGAUGCACCGAUUCCAGGAUUCAGUUCGGGAUUCAGCC